CCCGGAGCCGCAGAGCGCCGUAGACCCCACCAGCGCCAGGGUCCCCGGCCACCCCCUCCCAGCGUGUCUGAGAGGAGAAGAGGGUGGAGCGGCCUGCCUCCCGCAGCCAAUAAAAGCAGCAGGUUCCUGGUCCGAUCCCCGGCGCGGCUCGCCAUUGGUCACCACCCGGGUCUCGGCCCACCGAACCUUUGCGACCCGAGCCAAUCGCGAGGCGGCGAGGUGUCCUGGGGCUCGCGGGGAGCGGGCCGCGGGCAGCAGCGAGCGCAGGCCGGCGAAGAGCGGGUGGCGGUGACCAGCGGCGCGAGCCGGCAUCCCCUCCCCCGCGCGGUGAACCGCCGGCUCCACCAUGGAGCCCGCCGUGUCGCUGGCAGUGUGCGCUCUGCUCUUCCUGCUCUGGGUCCGCGUGAAGGGGCUGGAGUUCGUGCUCAUCCACCAGCGCUGGGUGUUCGUGUGCCUCUUCCUCCUGCCGCUCUCGCUCAUCUUCGACAUCUACUACUAUGUGCGCGCCUGGGUGGUGUUCAAGCUCAGCAGCGCGCCGCGGCUGCACGAGCAGCGCGUGCGGGACAUCCAGAAGCAGGUGCGGGAAUGGAAGGAGCAGGGCAGCAAGACCUUCAUGUGUACAGGGCGCCCUGGCUGGCUCACCGUCUCACUGCGGGUUGGGAAGUACAAGAAGACACACAAAAACAUCAUGAUCAACCUGAUGGACAUUCUGGAGGUGGACACCAAGAAACAGAUUGUCCGCGUGGAGCCCUUGGUGACCAUGGGUCAGGUGACUGCCCUGCUGACCUCCAUUGGCUGGACUCUGCCUGUGCUGCCCGAGUUGGAUGACCUCACAGUGGGGGGAUUGAUCAUGGGCACAGGCAUCGAGUCUUCAUCCCACAAGUAUGGCCUGUUCCAGCACAUCUGCACUGCCUACGAGCUGGUCCUGGCCGAUGGCAGCUUUGUGCGAUGCACACCGUCGGAAAACUCGGACCUGUUCUACGCUGUGCCCUGGUCCUGCGGGACCCUGGGCUUCCUGGUGGCCGCCGAAAUCCGCAUCAUCCCCGCCAAGAAGUACGUCAAGCUGCGGUUUGAGCCGGUGUGCGGCCUGGAGGCCAUCUGUGACAGGUUCACCCGUGAGUCCCAGCGGCAGGAGAACCACUUCGUGGAAGGGCUGCUCUACUCCCUGGAGGAAGCUGUAAUCAUGACGGGUGUCAUGACAGAUGAGGCCGAGCCUGGCAAGCUGAAUAGCAUUGGCAACUACUACAAGCCCUGGUUCUUCAAGCACGUGGAGAACUACCUGAAGACAAAGCGCGAGGGCCUGGAGUACAUCCCCUUGAGACACUACUACCACCGCCACACGCGCAGCAUCUUCUGGGAGCUCCAGGACAUCAUCCCCUUUGGCAACAACCCCGUCUUCCGCUACCUCUUUGGUUGGAUGGUGCCUCCCAAGAUCUCCCUCCUGAAGCUGACCCAGGGCGAGACGCUGCGCAAGCUGUACGAGCAGCACCACGUGGUGCAGGACAUGCUGGUGCCCAUGAAAUGCCUGCCGCAGGCCCUGCACACCUUCCACAGCGACAUCCACGUCUACCCCAUCUGGCUGUGCCCAUUCAUCCUGCCCAGCCAGCCGGGCCUGGUGCACCCCAAGGGAAACGAGGCCGAGCUCUACGUCGACAUUGGUGCCUACGGGGAGCCGCGCGUGAAGCACUUUGAAGCCCGGUCCUGCAUGAGGCAGUUGGAGAAGUUCGUCCGAAGUGUGCACGGUUUACUGACCGUCAAAAAAGAGAGAGAAAGCAGCCUGGUUCCAGAUGCUGUAUGCCGACUGCUACAUGGACCGGGAGGAGUUCUGGGAGAUGUUUGACGGCUCCCUGUACCAUAGGCUGCGGAAACAGCUCGGCUGCCAGGACGCCUUCCCGGAGGUCUAUGACAAGAUCUGCAAGGCUGCCAGGCACUGAGCCGGAGCCCACCCGGAAGGAGGCGGACGCGAGGGCGGACCCUGUCCCCAGGGCCAGAAGGCAUCUAUCUUCCCUCCACUCAAGCUUGGCUGCUCUGCCAGAUCCACACUUUCAGAAAGAAACCCCCCCAGAACCCCACCCAGGCGGCCCCGACAGCUGCUCCCAGCCUCCAGGGGCAGCCAAGCAGAGUGGGCAGGACAUGAGAUUUGGAGUCAGACAGACCCGGGUCUAGUUCCCAGUUCUGCCACUCAUUAGCUGUGUGACUCUGAGUGAGUCACUCAGCCACUCUGAGCCCUGUUCCUCACCUGUUGAAAGGGGGUAAUGCCGUCUUCCUGCUACUGUCAUCUGAGUCAAGCGCCUGUCGCAGCAGAGGUGCCGGAGAAGCGGCAGCUGCUGUUAGCACGGCUUCCCACUCAGCGUCACGUCGGACUAAGUGCUUUGGAUUCAGUGGUUGAGUCCGGGAAGGCUCCAUGUUAGGUCACCUGGGCUCGGGUUUGGCUGAAGGGGGUGCCCUCGAGUUGCGCUGCCAUCACUUAUCAGCUGCAAGACCUCCUCGCGGAGGGAAGGAAGGAAGGUUCCUCUCCAUCCCUGGGGUCUUGGGAGGGCAACAGAUGGGGCGGGCGGACGGGCGGGCCCAAGAUGUGCUGUGCCAAAGCCAGGUCUGAUUCCAAAGUUCUCCCUGCUGUGCUCGGUGGCGCCUUGCCCCUUCCUCCUUCACGCUCAGGCUUGCAGGCCCACUGCAGCCGUUGCCCAGGUCCACUCAGAGGGGACUGUGUCCUUGGAGAAGACACUUCAGGGUUGAAUCCUGGCCAGGCCCAGGCCUGGGACACCUGCCCAGGCUGGGUGAGUGGUCUCUGCUCUGAAUUGAAUCCAGAGGACCUGGGCUCAUUCUUGCCUCUCCACCCUCCAUGGCUCUUGUUCCCAGAACCCGCUUUGCCAUGGUGGGGCUGUGUCCUCUGCUCUGCAGUAGGGGUGGGAGUUGGGGGGGGGGGUGGGACCACGCCAAGCAGGAAAAUGGAGCCCGCCGUCACUCGGCUUCGUGGGGUUCCUCACUGCGGGGCUGAAAGAAAACAGCAUCAACUUGAUUUCUCCAACCACUCAUCUCCCCCUUUUUUUCUUUCUCCCCCGGCCCCCAAAUGUAGUUAAUUUUAGUGCCUUACAAAUCCUAAGCUCAGAGAAAAGUUAGCUCCAUUUCCGUUCCAGAGGGAAGGAAACCUUCCCAGGUCCCUGCCCGCCUAGUAGAGCUUGGUUGUUUGUGCAGCUCUGUCUUAAGAACUGCCCAGCCUCAGCUGAAAACCCAGAAUCUGAGAGGGAAUUGUGUAAGGGAAGCUGGAAUUAAGUGAACUGUGCCAGGCAGUGACAUUUUGGGAGAGAGAGAGAGAGAGAGAGAGACCACUGCACCAGGAGCCAGGAGGCCUGGGUUUUAGUCCUUGCUGUGUUCCUCACGAGCUCUGCACCCGUGGGCAAGUCAUUUGUCCCUCUGAGCUGUAGUUUCCUCAUCUGUCACAUCAGCGCACACAAGACCACCUGAGGCCCUUCUGCUGUAGAAUUGCAGAGCUGUCUUAAACACCACGACUGCAAACCCCAUGAAAAGCCUCUUGUGUGGAUAGUCAGAGGAAAAACAAAUGAUCUAAGUGGACGCUUGGGGGUUGUCUCCCAUUUAAGGUCCUUCCUUCAGCCCAAGGCUAGCUCUCGUCUUUUCAGAAAGGCGCAGCCAUGGCCUGCACGGAAGUGUCAGUCUUGUCACCACAGGUUGCCAGGAUCCUCCCAGAGCCGUGCUUUGGCUGCCGAGGCUCGCUCCUCCUGCCUGGGCUUGGCACGCUGUAGCGUCUCGGCGUGGUCCUGGGAGUUCUGGGUGCAUUCAGGACACUCAGAUGGCAGAGGAACCACUCUUCCCCAUUUGGCCUCUGGAGGGGGCGUAAGAAAAAAAUAAGAAACCUCAUUUUCUCGCUUGUAUGCAAAGCACGUGAAUACUGGCAUUAGCUCUCCUAGUGGGCCCGUGGGCCUCCCGCUCGGCGCUAAACUGAUGAUCCUACUUACUGUAGAGGAAUGGUGAGCCCGAGCUAGGUUAGCCCCACAGAUAAGGUCCCAUCCUUUCACCAGUGGGGCCUCCGUCCCUGGGCCCCUGGGAGUGUGGCCAGAGAUGCCAGCAGCUUCUGUUAUCCUCAGUCCUACAAGGCAAAAAUCCUGCCCUUCGCAGACCUCACUCGGAACCCGGGGCUCAGAAGGGAGGGAGGGUCUGGGGAUCACACCAGCCUCAGGUUAGUGUUUCGCUUCAGUGAUAUCUUGCCUAGAAAGGGGCAGUCUUCCAAGCAUGUUGAGCUGAGUGACCAGCUCUUUCUUGUAGCCAGUCUCGUCACUACCCAUCCAGAUGGUGGUUUCAGGUGGAAUUAAACUUGGCACAUGGCGGGAGUGGGGCAGCGUGUGUGGAAAGUAUAAGAAGAGGCCUCUCCCUUCCGGAACGCUGAGUUUCUCUGCAUGAAGGUUUUCUGUAAAAUCCGGAUUCUAGCCAGUUUCUUUGGCUGGAAGGAUGCAUAAUCUAAUUAGCUGUUACUGAGAGGGAAGGGGUGGGGAUGGGGGUGGCAGUGAAUGCUGUGUGAUUUUUAGUUUUUUCCUUAAUCGUGGGGACCACGGAAAAAGGCCUGGGUCCCCCCCACCCCCCAGCAGGCUCUGCAGCUGCAGGCGCUGUGCCUACUGUCUGAACACUUCAUGUCCCUAUGGCUGUGUGGCCCCCGCUUCUGUAAGAAUAAAAGUGUGAUCUGGAAA